AUGUGGUUUUAUAACUACUCGAUCGCGUUGCUAGUCAUUUUAGUGAGCGUUGUCAGUGCAGCUUCUUCGAAUCUUCCUGUUGUCAACAACGAUCGUACAUAUGCCACUACAACAACACGCACGGUCACAUCACAUAGCACCAUCAUCCCCCCUCCCUUGUCGACAACACACAUUUACAUGACCACGGUAGUCCACGAGGGGAACUAUAAUGAGACGCUUGUGGCAUCCUUUGCUGUAUCAGGUACAGCCUUGCCUGCAACGCUUCCUUCAUACAUGUCCAGUUAUUUCUUAUCAGUAUUCCACAACAUGGAAGAAUCUGUUAGUGCUAUACUGCAUAGUCUUAUGACCGCUUCAAGCCAUUCGGACUCAAUCUCUGGUCAUAUUGCACCACCAGCUACCAGCCUUCCAUCCCCCACAUCGCCACCACCACACUCUGGGGUUUAG